CUUCGCCGCCGUUUGAUUUCACUGAACAUCACCAUCAUCACUUUUACAUCGGACAAUGCUGCGAGUCAGGUGUCUGAGAGGAGGUAGCAGGGGGGCCGAGGCUGCCCAUCUGAUCGGAGCCAUGCUCGGCCGGUCGGUGACUGGAUGGGUGCAGAGAGCGUUCCAGAGCAGCUCAAGUGCAGCAGCUGUUCAGUCCCACGCGGCAGUGGAAGAGGAGCAUGUUACUGGGCUUGUGCCACAGGACUGUCCCGUCAGCUGCUUCAAUGAAUGGGACCCUCUGGAGGAGGUGAUUGUGGGUCGUGCCGAAAAUGCCAAUGUCCCUCCCUUCACUGUGGAAGUGAAAGCUAACACAUAUGAGAAGAACUGGCCCUUCUUCCAGAAGUAUGGGGGCCAACCUUUUCCUGCGGAUCACUUGAAAAAAGCUCACGCUGAGAUUGAAGAAAUGUGCAAUAUCCUGCGUCACGAAGGCGUCAAUGUGAGGAGGCCGGAGCCCAUCGACUGGUCCAUGAACUACACCACCCCCGAUUUCUCAUCCUCCGGCUUGUACGCUGCCAUGCCCAGAGACAUCCUCCUGGUUGUGGGUAAUGAGAUCAUCGAGGCUCCUAUGGCCUGGAGAUCUCGCUUCUUCGAGUACCGGGCCUACAGACCUCUGAUGAAGGAGUACUUCAGUAAAGGUGCUAAAUGGACCACUGCUCCCAAACCCACCAUGUCCGACGAGCUGUACGAUCAGGACUACCCUAUACGCACAGUGGAGGACAGACACAAGCUGGCCGCCCAGGGGAAGUUUGUCACCACGGAGUUCGAGCCCUGCUUCGACGCUGCUGAUUUCAUUCGAGCCGGGACGGACAUUUUUGUGCAGAGGAGUCAGGUUACAAAUUAUAUGGGAAUCGAAUGGAUGCGUCGUCACCUGGGAUCAGACUACAAGAUCCACAUCAUCUCAUUCAAAGAUCCCAACCCCAUGCACAUCGACGCCACCUUCAACAUCAUCGGGCCUGGACUGGUGCUGUCCAACCCGGAUCGCCCCUGUCACCAGAUUGAGAUGUUCAAGAAGGCCGGCUGGAAUGUUGUGAAACCUCCAACGCCUCUGAUGCCUGAUGACCACCCACUGUGGAUGUCCUCCAAAUGGCUGUCCAUGAACGUCCUGAUGUUGGACGAGAAGCGUGUGAUGGUUGACAAACAUGAAACCACCAUUCAGAAAAUGUUUGAGAAUCUUGGUAUCAAGACCAUAAAGGUGAACAUUCGCCAUGCCAACUCCCUGGGUGGUGGCUUCCACUGCUGGACAACCGAUGUCCGCCGCCGUGGUACCCUGCAGUCCUACUUCCACUAGCCUUGCCAGAAAUAGGCAGUUUCUAUUGAGCUUUAAAGAUUAAAGCCUCUGUUCGGACUUUUAAACUCAAUGUCGGAGUUAAUGUCAGGCUAUCGUUGUUUUGUAUCCCGCUCUGCGAUACAACAAACUACUGUUUCCAGAUCCCACAUCCCUGCCUUCAAACAUUUAAAAUGUGCAUGUUCGGGUGUCACCUGCUGCAACUCAAAGACUAAUAUUCGACCACACAUGAAUGAAUCCAGCUGAAAACGUUAGCAUCUCAUCCUGGCAGGUGGCACCUGACGGGGGCUUAACGUCCCAAAUGAACGUGUAGGAAUUGUUUUGAGUCGACAUCGCUGUGCAUCACAAAUGCCUUUGCAAACAGCUUUGUUCAGAUAUUUACAAUAUAUGCUCAACAGUAACGAAUACUUCAGUCACUACCCUCAAUAUUAACUGCAUUUCUGGCCUGGCUAUUGUGAAGCCACAACUUUGAGGACAAGGUACAACUUGGUAUGUGAAUGUCAUCGAACUUGGGCACAGGAGGAGAGACGCUGCCUCCUCUCCAAAACUCGGACAUCUUAAUUCUUCCAAAGUAUUUUAUUUUUAUUUGAAGAAAUGUGUAAAAGUUGUUCUGUAGGUCAUGAAACAAUUUUUAUUUCUUAUCGCUGGUAUAUUAUUUUGUAAAGAUUUGAAUUGAUUGAACGGACAAAGUUCUAUUUAUAUUUUUCAUACUCUUUAUUGGAUGUCCCAACAAUUGGUGUUUUUAUAUAUUUACUUAAAAAGUAUGCGGUCCAUAUCAGAUGUUGUAAACCUUUUGCCUCUGCUGUUUUCUCCUACUACAAAUCUGGGCCAGUUAUAUGCUGAUAGUCUUUCUCACUGAACUGGUUGGCUGCUGGUGUGUGCAAAGCAAAAAAACGCCUAAAAGAGUGAAAAAGGUUUUGUUGUGAAGGUGAAUGUUUGAUGAUUCAUUUUGCUGUAUAUACAGUCGGAUGUAGAUGUUGGCCUCUUGAAGUCUGCCUUGAGAUUUAUGAUAAAACCACAAAUUCAAGGGACGCUAGCGGCUCAGCAGGGGAACGAAAGUCAUGUUUUGUAUUAUGCAACAUUAAUAAAUGUUAAUAAAAAACUGUUGUG